AGGGGCGCGACAUCAGCCUAGCGGCCCUGCAGCGCCACGACCCCUAUAUCAACCGCAUCGUGGACGUGGCCAGCCAGGUGGCUCUGUACACCUUCGGCCAUCGGGCCAACGAGUGGGACUUGUAAUAUAAUUUCAUGGGCAGAGAGUAUGUUGUUGAGCUGAAGCAGUGAGUGGCUCUCAGACUAGCAUACAUCAGAAUCACCGGGACAGUUUAAUGAAAACCAGAUUGCUGAGCACCAUCCCCAGCGUUGCUGAUUCCGUAGGUUUGGGCAGGAGCCCAAGCACUUGCAGUUCUAGAGAAAACUGAUGUGGAAGGAACCUUAUUUGUUUAUACAAGGUCUGCUUCUCCAAAGCAUGGAUUCACCAUUAUGAAUAGGCUGAGCAUGGAAAAUAGGACAGAACCUAUUACUAAAGACUUGGAUUUCCAACUCCAGGACCCUUUCCUUCUCUACAGAAAUGCCAGAUUGUCCAUCUAUGGAAUUUGGUUUUAUGAUAAGGAAGAAUGCCAAAGAAUUGCAGAGCUUAUGAAAAAUCUAACUCAGUAUGAACAGUUGAAAGCCCAUCAGGGAACUGGAGCAGGAAUUUCCCCGAUGAUCCUCAAUUCAGGAGAGGGCAAAGAAGUAGAUAUUUUACGAAUGCUUCUCAAGGCCAAAGAUGAAUACACAAAGUGUAAAACCUGUUCUGAGCCAAAAAAGAUAACCAGUUCCUCUGCUAUCUAUGACAAUCCCAAUCUCAUCAAACCAAUUCCAGUGAAACCCAGUGAAAACCAGCAACAGCGUAUACCUCAGCCCAACCAGACCUUAGACCCUGAACCCCAACACUUAUCCUUGACAGCUCUGUUUAGGAAGCAGGACAAAGCUACAUGUCAGGAAACUGUGGAGGCUCCACAGACUCUCCAACAGCAGCAGCAGCAGCAGCAAGAGAAGCUUCCAAUUAGGCAGGGGGUUGUACGCUCCCUGUCCUAUGAGGAACCCAAAAGACACUCACCCUCUAUCGAGAAGCAGCUCUGUCCAGCCAUUCAGAAACUCAUGGUCAGAAGCACAGACCUCCACCCAUUGUCAGAGCUGCCUGAAAACCGGCCUUGUGGAAAUGGCAGUACCCAUUCUCUGGGAGAAGUUUUUGCAAGACCUGUCCAGCCAGGGUCUCCUCACAACAGUGGGAUUUCUCGUGGUGUACAAAAUGCUUCGAGAACUCAGAACCUGUUCGAGAAACUUCAGAGUAUCCCAGGGACAGCAAACAAGUGUGACCCUAGUACACCAGCACCUGCCAGCUCAGCUGCCCUGAACCGCAGCAGAGCUCCCACUUCUGUCACCCCUGCGGCUCCAGGAAAGGGUUUGACUCAGCCACCACAGGCCUAUUUCAAUGGCUCCCUUCCACUUCACACAGUAGGACGUCAGGCUAGUGGAAGAGAACAGUCCACACUCCCAAGACAAACACUCCCCAUCUCUGGUAAUCAGACUGGCAGUUCUGGAGUGAUCUCCCCUCAAGAGUUACUGAAGAAGCUUCAGAUUGUGCAGCAGGAGCAGCAGCUGCAUGCCUCUAACCGGCCAGCCUUGGCCGCUAAGUUUCCUGUGCUCACUCAGAGCUCUGGAACAGGGAAACCCUUGGAAUCCUGGAUCAACAAGACAUCCAGCACAGAACAGCAGACUCCUCUUUUCCAGGUCAUCUCACCUCGGUGCGUCCCUGCUACAGCAGCUCCUUCUCUGCUCAUGUCCCCCAUGGUGUUCGCACAACCCACUUCUGUCCCACCAAAGGAAAGGGAGAGCGGCCCCUUGCCUGUGGGAGGCCAGGAGCCACCUGCUGCCGCCACCAGCCUCCUCCUGCCCAUACAGGGCCCGGAGCCCUCCGUGAUCACCAGCAGCCCACUCACCAAGCUCCAGCUCCAGGAGGCACUGCUGUACCUCAUUCAGGACUCUAAGGCCUCCAAGCUGUCACCUGUCAGAAGAGAAGGAAACAUACACUGGGAAUUAAGCAGUCCCUGCGAGGACCCUGGGUGCUACUGGAGGCCCAGACAGAAAACUCACCACUGGCAAGUAGAGACAAGGAAACUGAGGCUGAGCAACUGGCCUGAGGCACAGAACUAUAAGCAGAGCUGGGAUGCCCCCUGGCCUGGCCCCCGAGUGCCACUUCCCACGUACUCUCCCGUGGGCCUUGAAUGUUACCAGGGACCAGCCUCGGGAGAACAUUCAGCACAGGUGCCCUAGCAAAGCACACCCAAAAAAUCAAUGGUAGUCCUUGAAAAGGGGAACAUUUGUAGCCAGACAGACUUCAGACACCCCAGUUAACAUAUUUAAGUGUCUUUUUGGUAGAUAGUCUUUAAGAAAACUUUCGUGGUACUUUGCUUAAGCAUCAGAUGUGCUUGAGAGCGCAGGCCAGCCCCUUCUGUGGUUGUCUUAUCCUACUCAAAAAGACAAUGGUCUCGAUCAGUGCAACAUUUUUUAAAAGGUCACAUGUUGGCCAGGCGCAGUGGCUGCUCAUGCCUAUAAUCCCCGCACUUUGGGAAGCCAAGGUGGGAGCAUUGCUUGAGGCCAGGAGUUUGAGACCAGCCUGAGCAACGUAGUGAGACUACAAAAGAAGGAAACAUGUUUGAGGGAGAAUGAAAGGAAUGGGGCUAGAAAUCAGCAGAAGCAUAAUAACAAUCAGAGAUAAAUACGGCAAAUGACUGAGCCUUACUAAUUCAUAAGUAAGUAUCAGGAUAAAAAUACUUGCCACCUUUCAAAGCUAUUCAUGGUAAGUUCCUGAGGAAUUAGAUAGGACAUCUGUGAACCUCUUUACCUUGAGCCAAUUUCUUAAGUUUGAAUUUUAAAAGAUUCAUAUGUUUUCUGGCUGGUUCCAUUCACAUCGUCUUGAGACUCUGUUACUCCAGAGUAGUUGCUGAACAUGGCAGGUUAGAAAUUACAUUCCCCUUCCCUCCACUCUCUGCAUGCAUUGUACGUCUUCCCAUGUACCACACCUCGUAUUCCCAGUCACUCAAGCAGCCUGUUUUUAGUCUCGGCCUCUUGUUAGGACACAAUCUCAUGCAUAGGAACUUUUAACAUCACUCUCUUCAUUACAUGAGAAUGAUGCUAACUCUAUAUGGGGUGCCAAGAGAGAAGGAAGGGGGAUGGGAAGUGUGGGUGAAUUACUAACACUGUAAAGAAUUUGGGUGGGAGGGAGAAGUCUCUAGAAUUAAAAAAUGAGGAAAACCACUGAUUAGACCAAGAUUCUCACUUCUUAGCCAGGCAAAAGAGCCCAGAGAUUACCAGUCUUACUCCUGCCCACUUGCAAAGGCCAGAAACUUUCCAUAACUUAUGGGAAGACUUAUAUUGGCUUUGAUGAAGUAUUGAUGAAGCAUAUUGCAAGUACAAUCCUAAGUCAUGCCCAAAACAAAGUAGACACAUUGUAGGUGACUUGGAGGCCCUUUAAGAACCACAGUGGCUCAUGCCUGUAAUCCUAACACUUGGGGGGCCAAAGUGGGAGGAUCACUUGAGCCCAGGAGUUCAAGACCACCCUGAGCAACAUAGUGAGA